GGCAUACCGUAUGACUACAUCGUUAUCAUCGACGCGGGCUCUAAGGGUUCGCGGGUCUUUGUCUACCACUGGCUCAAUCCCAAAUACUUGUUCGACCACCAGAUCUCCAUUGCAGACUUUCCUGUCUUGAAACGCGACUACGAGUCCGAAAGCGACGAUGACGAUGACGAUACUGACGAUGACGACAAAGACAAGGGCAAAAAUAAAGACAAAGGCAAUAACAAAGACGAGAAAAAGUCCUGGAUUAGCACCAAACCGCACUGGCACACCAAGAUCAAACCAGGAAUCGCCACGUUCAAAGAUUCCAGUAAGUUGGGCUCACACCACCUUCAGCCGUUGCUCGAUGCAGCGGCAAAAAUUGUGCCAAAGUCGCAGCAUUCGCGAACCCCGAUCUUUCUCCACGCUACUGGUGGUGUUCGCUCUUUGACCCCGUCCGAACAAACGUCGUUGUUAGCGGAUGUGUGUAAAUACCUCACCGAAUCCGCAUUCUUCUUACCGGACUGUGCAACACACGUGAACGCGAUUGACGGCGACAUCGAGGGGCUCUACGCGUGGCUUUCCAUUAACCAGCUCAUGGGAACGUUCAACACGAAAAAGGCACCGCUCGGCUUGCUCGACAUGGGGGGCGCGUCGACGCAGCUCGCGUUCCAGCCCAACGCGACGGAGAUCAAAGAGCACGAAAAGUCGUUGCUCAAGGUGCAAUUAGCGGCGUUGGGGAGCUCCAAGGCCGAAAUGUCCUACGAUCUAUACUCCUCCUCGUUUAUGGGCUUUGGGAUGUAUCAGGGGCGGGGCAAGUACCUCGACCACUUGUUCAACGCGACCGGAGGUGUGACCACAGAUCCGUGCUUGCCUGCCAACGUUCCGGCACACCUUCUUGCGGAGGACACGCGGCUUAUGCUGUCGAACCGUUUAGCCGGAAGCGGCGAUUUUACGCGUUGCAUGCAGACUAUCUUUCCCGUUUUGGAAAAACAGUCGGAGGUACUGUCGCUCAGUUGCAAGCCCGAUGUCGAGCUGUCAUGCUUGCUCAAUGACCUCAUUCCCGCGUUGGACUUUCACGUGGAACAGUUUAUCGGAGUAAGCGGGUAUUGGGACACCAUUUUCAACUUGCUUGACAAAAAUGUGAUGGGAGCGUACGAGUACGACACCAUUUUUGCGGAAGCCACAAAGUUGUGCAACACCCCGUGGGACCAGUUGGUGAAAUUGAACACUGAGAGAAAAACGCCGCUAGGCGAUGAAGAUUUGUCCCAGUUGUGCUUUAAGUCUGCCUGGGUGCUCAGUUUCUUGCACAGUGGCUUGGGCUUCCCCCGCUACGGUAUAGACAAGAAGGCCGGUGGCUACGAUACGUUCAAGGUGGUUGAUAAGGUGGACGAUGUCAAGUUUUCCUGGACCCUUGGCCGUGCUGUGUUGUAUGCCUCAUCGGAAGCCAGCGAGGUGUAUGGUGCCCAGGAGAAGACCCUUCCAAGCGAGCAGGUUGGCUUUUACCACCAGUCGUCGAAGGACCGAUUUUUCUACGGCGGGGAGGCUGCGGGGGUCAAAAGAAGACCCGCGUUUGUUGCAGGGGAGAAGGAUAAGGAGCAUGACGAUGACAGCUGGAAGGAAAAGGUGGCGGACCAUCUUGAGGACCAUAGAGGGUAUGGUGCAUUGGUAUUCCUUGGCCUUCUUCUCCUAAUCUUGUACUUGCUCAUGGGGAAGGAGAGGAGA